GCUCUCGGUAAUUUCCGCAAAGAGAAGUGGGGGAAGGCAAAGGAAGCAACCGACACACGGCGCCAUUUUGUAUGUUCACUGUCGGCGGCGGUUGGUACUUAAACCUCUGGUAAUCCGGCAAUGGACGGCAUUCUUACUGAUGUUACAGUUGGCAUAAAGCGGGGAUCUGACGAACUUUCUGGCACCAUUCUUAGCAGCACAAACUCUACCAUGAGCAGUGUGGUUGUUACUGCUAAUGGCAGUGACAGCAAGAAAUUUAAAGGUGACGAUAAGAUGAUUGGUGCACCAUCCCGUGUUCUCCACAUUAGGAAGCUGCCUGGUGAAGUUACAGAAACUGAGGUCAUAGCUUUGGGUUUACCAUUUGGCAAGGUUACCAACAUUUUGAUGCUGAAAGGGAAAAACCAGGCUUUCUUGGAAAUGGCUUCUGAAGAGGCAGCCAUCACUAUGGUGAAUUACUACACAGCAGUAACACCUCACCUUCGGAAUCAGCCUAUUUACAUCCAGUACUCGAACCAUAAAGAAUUGAAGACAGAUGAAGCUUUAAAUCAGCGUGCCCAAGCUGUUCUUCAGGCGGUAACUGCUGUGCAGACAGCAAGCACCCCGCUUACUGGAACUACCGUCAGUGAGAGUGCAGUGACACCAGCUCAAAGCCCGGUACUCAGAGUAAUUAUUGACAACAUGUACUAUCCAGUAACUCUGGAUGUACUUUAUCAGAUUUUUUCGAAGUUUGGGCCAGUAUUGAAAAUCAUUACUUUCACAAAGAAUAAUCAGUUUCAAGCUCUAUUGCAAUAUUCUGAUCCUCUGAAUGCACACCAAGCAAAACUGGCUUUGGAUGGUCAGAAUAUUUAUAAUGCUUGCUGCACCCUCAGGAUUGAUUUUUCAAAAUUGGUGAACUUGAAUGUAAAAUACAACAAUGAUAAAAGUCGUGACUAUACCCGUCCAGAUCUUCCUUCAGGGGAUGGCCAGUCAUCUAUGGAUCCUGCCAUUGCUGCAGCAUUUGCUAAGGAGAGCUCCCUUCUUGGUACCCCUGCAGGAAUGAUGUCCAGUCCAUACAGUGGAAGCUCUGGGUUUCCAACUUCAUUAAGCUUUGCACAGACUGCAGCUGUUCCAGGAUCUCUGAGCCCAUUGGCUAUGCCUGGUCGUGUAGCAAUGUCUGGAGUAGCUUCUGCCAACCACAGUGUCCUUCUGGUUAGCAAUCUGAAUGACGAGAUGGUUACGCCCCAAAGUCUGUUUACCCUCUUCGGUGUUUAUGGUGAUGUGCAGCGUGUGAAGAUUUUAUACAAUAAAAAAGAUAGUGCUCUUGUACAAAUGACUGAUGUGAACCAGGCACAGUUGGCCAUGAGCCACUUAAAUGGGCAGAAAAUGUAUGGAAAGAUUAUCCGUGUCACACUGUCCAAACACCAGACAGUGCAGCUACCUCGAGAGGGUCUGGAUGAUCAAGGAUUGACAAAAGAUUUUACUAAUUCUCCACUUCAUCGUUUCAAAAAACCUGGAUCAAAGAAUUUCCAGAAUAUAUUUCCUCCCUCUGCUACUCUUCAUCUUUCAAAUAUUCCACCUUCAAUUACUGAAGAUAAUCUCAAGAUACUUUUUACAAACACUGGUGGCAAAGUGAAGGGCUUUAAAUUCUUCCAAAGGGAUCACAAAAUGGCGCUGCUGCAAAUGUGUUCUGUGGAGGAAGCAAUUCAGGCACUCAUUGACCUUCACAACUAUGAUCUUGGAGAGAAUCAUCAUCUGAGAGUCUCCUUCUCCAAAUCGACUAUCUGAAAAUACCCAGAGAAAGCUCACAGUUGAAUUAUUUGAUUUUGAUUUUGUGGUUUAUUAGUAGACUUGUUUCAGGAAGGUGGGACCAGAGUUUGGCAAUUCCAGCUAAUGUCAUUCCUUCAUAUGUACAUUUGUUAUACUGAAGUUGGAAGGAUAAGCAAUCACUAGAAGGGGCAGAGAAAAUUCAUUCAGCAACUGCUUGGGAUGAAAGUUCAAAACAUUCUUAUGUUGAAGUUUUUUUCAGAGAAAUCAUUCAUUUUUAGGUUUUGGAAAUUUGAAUAAUUGUCUUUUUAUUUAGUAGAAAAAUACGAAGAGAAAUGUGCCUUAAAAGUUGAAUAUACUAUGAAAGUGAAGCUGGGGCCUUCUUUUGGGCACAUGGUUGGAGAAUUUAAGUAAUAGUUGGGAGUAUUGUGUAAAUGUUAACACUAAGUUACAGUCUUGCUUGUUGCUGAAUAUACAUUUUGUAGAUGUUUGCAGUUGACAUUGCAAAUUGCUUAUCUGCAUUUCUAUUACCAUCUUUAGUUUGUAAUUAAGGACUGAAAUGGCUGUGGAUUUUUUGAGCAUGUGCAGUCAAGUCUAGUUAGUUAAUGAAAUUGGUGCAUGUGUCAUAGAAAGGCAAAAGAAAAAAUGCUUCAAAAUAAGAAGCAUGAAGAAUAGUUUUGUGGCAGUUUUCUAGAAUGGACAACCAGGUGGGACCAAAGUUUAUGUGCCUUUAGUCUUAAUUUACCUUGCAUUGUAAUAUUCAGUUUUAAUAAACCUCUUCAAGACAUUUUGUAUUUGAACUGAAACAGACUUUAAUAUAAACAGCUCUGUAUCUUCAAAUAAGAGGAAUUGUAAGAGUAAAGUUCAUCACCUUGAAGAAAGUCCAACAAUUAUAAGUGUUGUUAAAUUUAAGUAGUUUGGCCAAGAACUUUUCAGAUCUAUGUAUUAGCAUAAAUCAUAUACAUAGCAUAUCUGAACUAUGUAGCAAAAAAGGUCAUAUAUAUUUUCUAUAUUAGUUAUGUUUUUACAUCUUGAUCUCUAGCAAUGUAAAUCUCAGUAUAGUUUGAAAGAGGCACAAUUAAAAUUAAUUUUCUAACAAAAUUGGGAUGUUUGAUGGUUGUGUUGGCUUUGAUUUUCUUUUCCGUGUACUCUGUUCGCUUGCUGUAGCAUGCCUAAUAAAUACUUCUGUAGCUCUAUCCACCUUUUUCUGUCUUUCUGUACUGCUUUUCCUCACUUCCCUUGUUUGUCUUCACCUCAUUUUAAGCUUCUAACUUCAUGGUUAAACUCUUUAGGAUGAUAAUUUGCAUACAACCUUAUUCCUGUGACUUGCUAUUGCUCAAUUUGAGGUGUAAGUGAAGCAAUUUGCGUCACUAUCCGAUUUGUAUAUGCGGUAUUUAAAUUUUACAGCUUGCAGUUUUGAUAAGGAACCUAAUUCAAAUAGAUAUGUAUUUUUCUUGGGAAAGAAAAGGAAAUGUUAUCUAACAGACCGAUUUUGAAGAUUUCUGCAGUCUCUUGAGAAACAACAUUAGGCAUAAAUGCCAGUAGUUCAUUUUAGUGAUAAUGCAUAAUUUUUCUUCAAGUAGUUUUGAAAAUAGAUGAAAUAAAUUUGAUGCAUUGUAGACUUCCUAUAUUGAAUGUACUAAACUUAACAUGGAAAAAUAUAAGGUAGCAGGAGCAGGCAAAAUAUGUUUUGGUUGCCUUUAUCUCAAACAUCUCUGAAGGGUCUAGGCCCGAAACGUCAGCUUUUGUGCUCCUGAGAUGCUGCUUGGCCUGCUGUGUUCAUCCAGCCUCACAUUUUAUUAUCUUGGAAUUCUCCAGCAUCUGCAGUUCCCAUUAUCUCUGAUACAAAAUGGCAUUAGUUGUUUCAAACUUACAGUUAAGACCAAAUUCAAAAUUAAAAGAUUUAAGAUAUUUUCUCUGGAGUUAAAGCCAGAAUGUGAUGCAAGUGUUCUUGGUUUUUGUUUGAAAGAGCCAUAAACAAUUUCUUUCUUGAAAAAAUUUUUGGAAAUUUGGAAAAUUUUAAACCCAGCAUUUUGCAAUGAAUACUUAAGUGAUCUGUGCUAAGUUCUGUAAUUUUCAAAGAUGGAAAUAGGAAAUAAAAUGUUUGGUAAGUUUUUUUUUUAAGAUAAAGCAUUCCAUUUCAACAUUUCUAGCAAUUAAUAGUUUAUUCGUUCAGAGUGAUGGAUGCCCAGACAUUCCUUUGCACAAAUUUAACAUUCCAGGAAGUCCUUCAGAAUUGUAGAACUACGUAUUUGCUCCACAUAGUCAUUUUAGACAUGGUUUUGUCCGUACUGACAGAAAUAGCAUGCUUUAAGUUAAAUGUGGAAAUCUAUGAUGGACAGAAAUGAAGUCACCAAGUUUCUUUGUCACCAGUGAAAACUUGGUUUUAAAUGUGAAUUUGUGCAGUUUUUUUUGAAGAACAUUUUGCAGUCAGUCAUUCUGAAAGCUUUUGUGCUAGGAAUGUGUCAUCACACUGAAACUGGGUUUACUACUGACAGUGGUAGUCUGUGCAAAAUACAGUAGUUCUCUUAUUCAAAAGUUGUCAAAAGUACGUUAAUGGAUAGACAGCUGAUUUUGUGUGUAAAUUAAUCCGUUAUCCUUGAAUUUUGGUACCUCCAAAAAGUACAUUUUUGAAAUUUCAUAACUAUAGAUUGAUCAGAAAUAUGUAAUUGUGUUAAAACUGCUUCAAGUCAAUAGUUGAGAAAUAUUA